AUGACCUGUGGAGAGAAUGAAGCUGGUGUUGUGUCCGCCCCCUCUUCCCUCCUGCUCUAUGUUAAGAUUUUAAAACAUUUUAUGGAUCCUGUUACCUUCAGUAGCGCACCUUACUUUCUGACUAUUGCAGGUACCUUUGCCUGCAAGAUGGUACCAUUUGUUCAAUCCACUGCCGUUGUAACUGAGAUUCUUACCAUGACCUGUGUUGCUGUGGAAAGACACCAGGGAAUUGUGCAUUCACUGAAAAUGAAGUGGCAGUACACCAAAAGAGCUUUCAUGAUGCUUGGCAUAGUCUGGUUGCUGGGAUUUAUUGCUGGGUCAGCUACGUGGCUUGAGGUUAAAUAUGACUUUCUAUAUGAAAAGGUGUAUGUUUGUUGCUUGGAAGAAUGGGCCAGUCCAAUUUAUCAGAAGAUACAUACAACCUUUAUUCUUGUUAUAUUUUUCCUUCUUCCACUGACGCUGAUGCUCUUUUUGUCCACUAAAAUUGGCUAUGAACUCUGGAUUAAGAAACGAAUGGCAGAUGCUUCAGUUCUUCAAAUCAUUCAUGGCAGUGAAAUGUCUAAGAUACCAAGCAAGAAGAAGCAAGCAAUUGUUAUGAUGGUGAUGGUAGUGUUUCUCUUUGCACUCUGUUGGGCCCCUUUCCAUGUGAUUCACAUGAUGAUAGAAUACAGUAAUUUUGAAAAGGACUAUGAUGAUGUGACAGUCAAAAUGAUCUUCGCAAUUGUCCAGACUAUAGGAUUCUUCAAUUCCAUUUGCAACCCUCUGGUGUAUGCUUUCAUAAAUGAAAAUUUCAAGAAAAUUUUUUUGUCUGCCAUCUGCUUCUGCAUCAUCAAAGAAAGCGCAUCACCAACCAGGCAACUUGGCAACUUGGGGACUACCAUAAGGCGGCAGAAGGCAAGGGCUUCUCAGAGAAACCCCAUAGACUCGGACAAGGUCAGGAGGGAGGCAUUCAGCAAUGGCAACAUUGAAGUCAAGUUCUAUGAUCAGCCUGCUUCAAAAAGGAAUUUGAAAAGGAACUUUGCCUUGUUCAGCUCAGAGAUCAGUGUGCAUUCUGCAUUGGGAAAUGGACAGUAGCAUCACCAGGGUUUUGAGAAUGGGAAAAGCAUUCUUUUUAUAUGGUAACUUUCAAUAAGCCAUUAAAAAUAGCUUUCUAAUUUGCAUUCUGAAA